CUUCUCCCCCCCUCUCCCUCCCUCCCUCUCCUCUCAUUCUCGCUGUGACUAUGUGAGUUCGUCUCCCCGUUCGUCCCUCCUUCGCCGCUCGCCGUCCUUGCUAACCCGUGUGUCGCUGUGAUUCCUCUGGGUGGGCAUCGUCUUCUCCGGCACCGGGCUUCGGUUGCGCAGGUCGGUAGCCGAUGCGUCGUCCUCUAGCUGUGGCUUUGGGCGAGCAAGGCGGCCGUGCGCACCGUUGAGGAACGGGGCUGGAGAGCCCUCCGCGGUCGAGGGUGCCAUGGCCAAAGACGAUGUCGUCUAUCCGAUCACCGGCGACGACGACCUGAUCGCGGCAGGGCUGCCCCCGAGGACGACGGCGACACCUGUGAGGGUGCUACUGCGUUGCUGGGUAUCAAUGUCGGUAGCGACUCUGCUCCGAUCGAUCUGGACGGCGGUGGUGGUGAAGGGGCGACAAGGACACGGACCACGGUCGGCUCCAACUGCAACAACACAUAUGUAGUUGAUACCUCAUCUGUUGGUAAGCGUAAAUGUGCUGUCUUGGCUGAUUUUGAUGAGAUCUAUGAGAAUGUGAAUGGUAAAAAGGUUUGCACUAAAGCUAUCUGUAAAAUCUGUAAGCAUACAUUGAGUCCUAGAUCUAAUGCUCGCACUGGCCACUUGUUUAGGCAUCAAAAAUCUUGUAGGCAAAAGGCUGAUCGAGCUGCUAGGGUUCGGUCUAGGCUUGCUUUUAAUCAUGAUGGUUUUAUGCAUAACUGGGACUAUAAACCUGUUGUUGCUAGAUUUGAGUUGUGUCGGUUGAUUGCUAGGCUUGAUCUGCCGUUAGGUAUAGGUGAGACACAGGCCUGGGAAGAGUACAUUGUUCGUGCUCAUAACCCUAGGUUUGUUAAGGUAUCUAGACAGACCACCACUAGAGAUCUUGCUAAGCUUUGUACUGAAUGCCGUGAUCUGCUUAAGAAUUAUGUGUUGUCUGCUGCUACCUCUAUUGCUUUGACUUCAGACAUUUGGUCUAGUAAUGCCAAGGAGGACUACAUAUAUGUUGUUGCUCACUAUGUGAAUGCUGAUUGGGAGUUACAGAAAAAGGUUAUUGGUCUUAGGUUGAUUGAGGUGUCACAUUUUGGUGAAAAUAUUGCUUCAAGAAUUGCUGCUGUGGUUGAGGAGUAUGGUCUGAUUGACAAGAUUUUCUCUGUUACUCUAGAUAAUGCUUCUUCUAAUGCUAGGGCUAUAAACACUUUGACACCUAUGUUUGCUGGUUACUUGAGUCUUGAUCCUACACCUGUGCCUGAUAAUCCUGGUAACCAUAACUAUAGUCUCGUACAUCAACAUUGUGCUUGUCAUGUCAUUAAUCUGAUUGUAAAAUCUGGUUUAAAAAGAUUGAAACCUUAUACAGAAGAUUUUUCAGAACUGCAAUUAAUUUCUUGAAUUCCUCUAAUCAAAGAAUUGCUAUGUUCAAGAACUAUUGUAUUACUCUAGGUGUUAGACCUAGAAAGUUUGGCUUGGAUAUGGAUGUUAGAUGGAAUGCUACAUACCUUAUGCUUAAACACUUGGUUCCAUAUCAGGAUGUGUUUACUGUGUUCAUUAAUUCCAAUUAUGGCUUACAAUUGUUGUCUGCAAACCACUGGUAUGUUGCUGGAAAGAUAUUGGAGGUCCUUGAAUUAUUUUAUGACUCUACUGUUGUUCUUUCUUGUAUUUACUAUCCAACAAGUCCAUUAAUUCUGCAUCAUAUUUUAGAGAUUGCUUCUCAUUUGCAUGCAUGUGAAAGUGAUCAGAAUCUAAGAGCUAUUGUAUAUCCUAUGAAGCUUAAAUUCCUUAAAUACUGGCAAGAUAUACCUCUGUUAUAUUCAUAUGCAUUCAUUCUUGAUCCUAGAGCUAAGAUGAGAGAUUUCUUUAAUGUUCUGCAAUUACUUGCUGAGUACACUGGUUCUGAGUACAAUUCAUAUUAUGCUGAGGUGAGAACUGAAAUAUAUAAACUAUUUAACAAAUAUGAGAACAAGUUUGGUGCAGCUAGGUAUCAAAGGACUGCACAACCAUCAAACCAUACAAGUAAGAAAAAACAGGCAUGGGGAAGAAUCUUUGGAGGUAGUGGAACAGGUGUUGUUGGUCCUUUCCCUUCCUCUGACCCCACUUCAUCUUUAUCUGCUUCUGCUUUUGCUGUUUGUGAGCUCUCAAUUUAUUUGGACAGUGACAAUGUCACUGAUUAUGAUGAUGACUUUGACAUACUUCUCUGGUGGCGUGACCACAAACUAACCUAUCCAAUUCUUUCUAUAAUGGCUAGAGAUAUUAUGACAGUUCCUAUUUCUACUGUCUCUUCAGAAUCUUGUUUCAGUUUGACAGGCAGGAUAAUUGAAGAGCAGCGACGAUGCUUGUUGCCUGAAAUCGUGGAGAUGCUGACCUCCAUAAAGGAUUGGGAGCUAGGAGAAAGAAGGGAACAACACUCUGUGCACAACCAAGAUUUGGAAGACUCGUUCAGAAAUUUGUAUCUUGAUGAAGAGGAAUCUGGGGCUGCUGAUGGUACUUAGUAUUAGUGAGAGACUGAGAGAGUGAAGAGAGUGAUUUGUAUUUGCCAUAUGUGAGAAUUUUGAACAAUGGUUUGUAACGUAACUUGUAAGACUUUAUUUAGAGCUGCCUGCACUCUUUUUUCCUUUCUAGGGUUUCUCACAUUGGUGAGUUUUACCUAGAAAGGUUUUUAAUGAGGCAGCAUUGCACAUACAGCUCAUCUAUCUUAAUUCUGUUGUCUCCGUAUUUUUUA